AAAACGACUCGAAAAUCGAGGGGAGGGGUGAGAGCCAAGCAGAGGUAACUCGCCGGGUCUGUGGCAAGCUAAUCUAAACGAAGCCUUAAACGGCCCGUCAAACGAAUUAAAAGGCAGUCGAGUACAGCAAUUUUAGACGAACAAGAGGACGCAUUCAUUGACGUUAACGACAGGGCAAAGAUGGACAACCGAAACACCCCUGAAGAGAAACCGGUCCAACGCUCUAAAUCCUUCAGCUUCAAGACUCAAAAGGAGGUAUGCUCGUCCUGUGACAAGACGGUCUACCCCAUGGAGAGACUGGUUGCCAACAACCUCAUCUUCCACAACACCUGCUUCUGCUGCAAGCACUGCAACACCAAACUCAGCCUUGGCACUUACGCGGCCCUACAGGGUGAAUUCUACUGCAAGCCUCACUUCCAGCAGCUUUUCAAAAGCAAAGGCAACUACGACGAGGGCUUUGGCCGCAAACAGCACAAGGAGCUGUGGGCCUCAAAGGAGGCGGAGAAAAUACCCAAGACUGCAUAACCCCGUCUGCCUGCGUCGUCCUUACCAUCCGGUCUCUCUCCCCUCGCCCAUCUCACCCAUCUUCCUCUAUCCAACUUCACCCCGCCAUUUUGAACAAACGCACAUCAUAUGGCACACCAUGAAAAAUGAACACACACACACACAGACACCCACUAAAUGAUGCGACCUGCUUGAAACAGCAGAUGGUGAGGUGUUUUAAUCUUCAAGAUUCUAGAUUUCAAUUGAGCGCAUAUUAUUAUCUUUCAAUCAUUUUAUUUUCCAUUUCCUCCAGGGAAAUGUUUGUUGAUGGUGACCAAACACCUUCUCCACCAGCCAGUGUUACAUUUCUGCUGGAAGUGGGAAGUGAAAUCUUAAAUGUUUCUUUUUUUCCCAAAAAAUAUUUUUUAUUUAAAUUCUUUUUUUCUGACCAGUUGCACCCUUCUUGCUUAGAGUCGUAAGGAAAUGGUAUGCUCAGGAGAACUCGUUGUUAAAUGUGAAGUUCUAGAUCAGUAGGCCUACCUCUGUACAGUAGCGGAGCAUACAUUCACGGCCAACCUUCUAAGGGGGUUUAUUUGACUCUUCUACUUCCUGUAUUUUUCCGAUUGUUACUUAAAAAUGGAUCCACCGUGUAUUGACUGAACAGUUCGCUAGUGGCCAUGUUGUUAGUUGAUCAGGGUUUUUGAAAUCUGAGAAACAAACCUGGAACACAGUACUGUAUAUAUAACAAUCACACAUAAUGGCAAACACCUGCCUGUCCUCUCACACACCCAUUUAAUUUUAUAUUUUGUAAAAAUAUUUUGUUUUCGUUCCUGUGAUCUGAAUGGGCUGGCUGGUGUGAUGCGCAUGUUAGUUGUUUUGAGUCUCAGACUCGCCUUGUUACUGUACUAACCUCUCGUUUUGAAUUUGUUUAAAUGUGCUUCAUUGACUCAUAUCACUCUUUGUGUAUAUGCUGAGUCUGACUGAUGUCAUGCUGAAAGCUACUUUUACCAGAGCUAUAUGGCUGGAAUAUUAAUGGGUUUUAAAUGUCCUAUUUUGGGUAUGAGAAGUAUCUCAUAGGUUUAUCUGUACAUAUAGGUGUAGUUUGUACUUAGUGAACAUAUCACACUAUAAUGUACUCUUGUCUUGCGCAUAUGACCAAGCAUGACGACCAGGCAAGACGUUUUUACAAGGAACAGCUUCACAGGAAACCCAACCGUCACUCAAUUUAGUGCUACUUUCAGCCCAUACAGUUAUAUCAUGUUAGGCUGUGUUUUGCUCUGCCUGUGUGUAAACCAACCUCGACUUCAAAUACCGUCUUACAUCGUUCAACAUAAUCUUCCUUCGUAGAAACGUAAAGUUCGUGUCACUUUCACUAACAUGAGCAUUUUUUUUCUUUUUUGGGUCAGUACUUACCUGGGCCCUCUAUGUCUCGAGUGUUUAGCUGUGUAGAAGCACCGGAGCCUGUUCUUUCAGGGCUGGCGAAGACCAAGGCCUUUUAGAGUUUGAAGAGCAGAGUUUAGAACAGUGUACCCUGAACCUCUGCAUGGAGCUCCCCCUACUGGUAGAAGCGGGGAAGUGAUUGGCCAUUCGACCAGGAGGCCCUUAAGCAGCAGUUGGUUUAGCGGUAGUUCUUUGGACAUUUUGAUUAUGUGAGGAGACCUAGCCAAAAGUGCAAACUUAAGCAGACCACAGUUGGUAAUUAAUAUCAUUCGUUCUUAUUAUUUUCCAAGAAUUAAAACAACUCAAUUUCAUAAAAUUAAAACGUAUCAAGUGUCACUUGACUGACACUUGAAUGACACAAAAUAUAUUUUGUGGCUGAAAGUUUACUGUGAAUGAAACAUGCUGUGCAGAAGAGACAAUAAACUGAGGAAGAGGAAUACAUAACUUUUGUAAAAAAAGAAAGAAAAAGCCUUAGAAAUGAGUAACGACCAUAUUUGUUUUCCAAACAACUUUAAUUCAGUGCACUUUGUGCAGAACUACCACCACCUUCUACAUUCUCAAACUUCUAUCUUCUCACUUGUCAAAUAAAAAUGCUUAUGCUUGCUUUCUACAGUUAAAGCAGUGGGCAUUGGUGGUCACUUAAUUCUGCCUGCAUUUACCCACUUUCCAAAGCCCCUUACUGAAUUCACCAUAUUUGAACCAAUUUAGGUUUUCUAUUUGUCUUUCUCAUCUGAGUUCAUGCCUGUCCUCGGUUGUCGUUGGUAACCAAGAACACAAAGACACUGUGUCCAUAAUCACCUGUUCUGUACGAGCAGUACGCCAAGCUACAAACGCAUCAUCUGUGAAUUAACUUUUGUUUUGUAAGAGACACGGAAAGAGGAACGAGAACUGUGUUCCUGUGUUCUACAAGUCAUCUAGUGUGCUAAAUUUAACGUAACUUCGUUUUGACUUUUCAAUUCAAGAGUCACUGUUGUCCAUAAUUGAUACGAGAUUUAAAUGUCUGCAUCUUAUUGAAAAUGUAUUCGAUAUAAACUUGACCUGUGGAAUGAGGUGGCCUUGCAGCAGAAGGUGUGCUGUCGCCUCUCUUUCAUUACUUCAGGAUGUAGUAUGUUGUGCUGGUAGAAGAAUAUGAUCAUAAAAUGUGAACCCUGCUACACACACGCACACACACACACAAUCAGAUGUAUAAUGUCUGUUCAUUUUCUUUCCAUAGUUUUUUAUUUUAAUUUUUUUACAUGCUUUUUGGAGAAAAAUAAAUAAAGAUGCUGGUGUUGACUCAGA